AUGACGGUGUUCAUGAUGAUGACAAUGACAUUGAUGAUGAUGACAGUGACAAUGCUGGUGACGGUGUUCAGGAUGACAGUGCUGCUGCUGGUGACAGUGUGGAUUGAUGAUGGCAGUGAUGACAAUGAGGUUGGUGAUGGUGAUGAUGACAGUGACGAUGACGGUGUUCAUGAUGAUGACAAUGACAUUGAUGAUGACAGUGACAUUGAUGACGAUGACAGUGACAAUGCUGGUGACAGUGUCCAGGAUGGCAGUGCUGCUGCUGGUGACAGUGUUGACGAUGGCGAUGACAAUGGCGAUGAUGAUGGCGAUGAUGAUGUUGGUGAUGAUGGUGAGGACAGGGAUGAUGAUGACAGUGACGAUGACAAUGAUGUUGAUAAUGGCAGUGAUGGUGACGAUGAGGAUGAGGGUGACAGUGUUGAUGGCAUGAUGAUGAUGAUGAAACGGAACCGGAAUCUGCGCUGGUGCUUUCGACGAAGAGAUGUCAUCCAGGAGGCUCAGCUCGUCUCCGGGAUAAAGCGGGUCAGGGGCAGCACACCCAAGCCUGGUGCCGAGACCCUAAAGAGAGUUCCCGGAAGUGGGCUGACCCCGAGUCCUAUCACGGUGUCUUCAAGGGCAUGCUUAUCCAAAUCCCUUGGGCUCAUCGAAGGUUACGGUGGACGGGGCAAAGGGGGCCUUCCCGCUACGCUUUCCCCGGCCGAAGAAGAAAAAGCCAAGGGACCCCAUGAGAAGUAUGGCUACAAUUCCUACCUCAGUGAAAAAAUUUCACUGGAUCGUUCCAUUCCGGAUUAUCGUCCCACCAAGUGCAAGGAGCUGAAGUACUCCAAGGAGCUGCCCCAGAUCUCCAUCAUAUUCAUCUUCGUGAACGAGGCCCUGUCAGUGAUCCUGCGGUCAGUCCACAGCGCGGUCAACCACACGCCGACGCACCUGCUGAAGGAAAUCAUCCUGGUGGACGACAACAGUGACGAAGAGGAGCUGAAGGCCCCGCUGGAAGAGUACGUCCAGAAGCGCUACCCUGGGCUGGUGAAGGUGGUACGCAACCAAAAAAGAGAGGGCCUGAUCCGAGCACGCAUCGAGGGCUGGAAGGCGGCCACUGGCCAGGUCACUGGCUUCUUCGAUGCCCACGUGGAAUUCACAGCUGGCUGGGCCGAGCCGGUUCUGUCCCGAAUCCAGGAGAACCGGAAGCGAGUGAUCCUCCCGUCCAUCGACAACAUCAAACAGGACACCUUCGAGGUGCAGCGCUACGAGAACUCGGCCCACGGCUACAGCUGGGAGCUGUGGUGCAUGUACAUCAGCCCCCCGAAAGACUGGUGGGACGCCGGAGACCCCUCUCUCCCCAUCAGAUCCCUGGUGGACGCCUAG